CUAACUCAAAAGAGGUGUAUUUCACUAUAACCAUAAUCACCAUAAUCUAUAGAGGCACAAAGGGAGAAAACUAAAGCCUGAAUUGUCAGUGAAACUAGUCAAUUACCUGACUAUUUGCAACAGCGAUAGUGGUGCAUAAUACCGAGGCUGGCAAUAAAUACAAGGUCGGCUCGACUACAAUAGACAUAAAAGAGCUCAGUUUCUGUUGUGUGAACCUGUAAAAGGAGUAUUCAUAUCAAGGCAGUAUACGAAUACACGCCUGACUGGUAUUCUGGCGAGGGUGGCACAGAUUGACAAGAAUAAUAGAAUAAUUUUGAUAGCUGGUAACAUAAACAACCGCUGUAUUGACAAGAAAAAGUCACAGUUCUAUGAGUGCUCAUCUGAAUACAUUCGACAGGCAUAUACAGCCAUGGUUAUGGUCUGAACAGUGAACAAUCUACAAGCAUCGCGUUCUUCUUUUUUCCUCCGUUGCUGAGGCAGUUUUGGGGAUCUAACUUCAAUCUUCAUCCUCUCUCUCGUUGGACUGGUAUAUUUUAGCUCAACAAAAGAAGGGACCCAUUCUUUGAUUCAUGGACGUGUGAGAGUAUAGGCUUAGCUGAUGAUGACAGGAUUCCAGACGAUGAUGCAUUCCAAAAAACUUUGGGGGAUGCCUUCCCUCAUUGCUUCAAUAAUACUCAUACCCAUAUGCUACGGACAAAAGAUGUAUAACAACAGUUCACCGGACAACCCAAAAGGCCCGCUACCAUCUUUAUAUUUCUCGGAUGCGUUGAUCAUCGCAUUGUCUGUCAUUGGUGCCCUCAUCUUCAUCGUUCUUUUCAUCAUUCUCUUUAAGAUAAUGUACAAAGUCGAGACGAGUCCCCCGCCAUUGCAGCAGCGGCAUGGGAUCUCCGAGACCAGGAACCUACGACUUGAAAAUGUCUCGCAUUGAAACGUCAGGACCAACAAAUGAACAAAUGAGACAUUUCUAAAUCAAUAUAUUACCCCCAUGCCAUACCAACGGAAUGGGUAUAGGACAUACAGUGCGGUAUAUACAGACAUUGCAGCGAGUAACUAAGAAUCGGGCUGGUUGGAGUUGGUGUGAAGUCGUCGUGAAGUCGUCGUGAAGUCGGCGUGGAGUCGGCGUGGAGUCGGCGUGGAGUCGGCGUGGAGUCGGUGUGAAGUCGGUGUGGAGUCAGUGUGGCGGUAUAUGACUGAGGGAUAGGGUCCCAACAGAUACUAGCUUCUUUAACGUUAGUCUGCUGGUAUGUUACGUAGCAACAAAACGUCGUCCAUCGCUUAGGCUAGAUUUUGUGUGGUAUUCCAGCUGUGGAUCAGGAUCACUCUGUUUUCGUAAAGCCUCGCGAUCUGAUGGACAUAAUUGCUCUUUGGAAAGUUUUCGGAACCUGUAUGAGUCGGCAACCAAAUUCCACCAUUGCUGGCAUACUUGAAAAUCUGGAGACCCUUUUUUGUUCUUGCCAUCUGUGUUCCAAUGGAGGGCUAUACAUGCAAGUUAUAUAACAAUGUUUUGAAUACUGUUUAGGUUUAAGUGAUAUUUAUUAUUGGAUGUAUCCAUCAAACUUGGAGAAAGAUUACGGCAGUAUAUUUAUGUAUAUAUGUAAAUAACAUUUGAAAUAAUCAUUUAACAUUAGAGAGGGCAAGACUGUUCCAACUUUGUGAUUUUCUCUCAAAUCCUAUUAACAUUUGCAUUUGGUUUAGAAGGUAAUACAAUGACAUUACUUACGACGUAUAUGUGUGAGGUUGGUUGAGUAAUUUUUGAGAUGCUACCAGAUAAGAUUUUGCUACAUUUCUUCUUCUUCUUUUUUUAUUGAUUGGGGGGGGGGGGGCACCCCUUAUAUAGGUGGCGAGUAACAAAGAAUGAGAGUUUCCUCAAGUGUUUACCAAACAAUAUGUAUCUUUGUUCAAUAUGGAAGCAUUUCAUUUGAAAGCAGCUAGCUAGGUUGCUUAGAAAGAAAAUAGAGAAUUAGAAAAGCAGGUUUGCUUUGAGAUUGACCGAAAGCAGAUAAAUGCCUAUGAAAAUAUAAAUUGUUAGAAGCUGAAUCACUGUCAGGCAAUUUCAAAUUAGACCAUUUGUAAUAUUACUGCAUAGUGGUGCUCAAUAGAAGUAUAGUCAACAUAUGAGUUUAUAUGCUGCUAGCCAAAGACACGUAGUUGUAUAGAGCAGUUAUACUUCAUUCUAAAGAUUAUUGAUAGGGGCGUCGAAGGUAGGGAGAGGGGGAGGGGGCAGUUGCCCCAAAUAUUUUCUGAAUCCAAAUGUAUCCUCUGCAACGGUUUAAUGAUAAUAUGAACGUACAUAUUUGUUCAUCAGAUACUGAAGAAGGAUCGACGCCUAUAUGAAUUUGUUAAUUUUGUAUGACAUGAUAAUUCAGUAUGAAUUAUUGAGAAUAAUGCGAUAACAUUGAUGAACAUAACUUGGCCUAUCUCACCUAGAUUGCCAUUAUUAUGUGACAAGAAAACCACGAAAAGAGGCCGUGGGUGCCUGGUUGCUUUUUCAUGUAAGUUGACAAAAGACUGAUGUUUUCAUCAUUUGACACAUAACUUAUAAGAAAAAAACAAACGCAAAAACGAAACAAACAGCGGAAUAUCAAAGCUAACCAUUUGUUGUAGUAUUUUCUAUCAUGUAUAGUGUAAAUAAAAAAUGCAUUUGCAAUAAAAUCAUGCUAAUAUGA